GCAUUCAUUAAAAGGCUUUCAUGUCUACAACGAAUAUUCAUUACCAGCUAGAGUUUGUUUGCAGGAAAACAGGGUUGUCAAGACGCUAAAAACUGAAAUUCGAGGACGAAGGAUUCAGAAAUAACUGAAUAUAGUUUCGCGUUAAGUUGCCUUGACAUUCUGUGGACGUUGAGAAAGUGGAAAAUUUUGCAAACGCAUUUAAAUCGGACAAGAAUGGAUGCAGAUGACAGGGACGUCGUCGUUGACUCGAUGUACGAGGUCGAUCUGGAGUCUCCUGAAGAAGUGGAUGUGGACUUUGGUUAUCACUCAAUAGGCAGGAAUAUUGAAAAGCUAGAGGAACAGCAUUUGCAAACAGACGAGAAAGGAAGUCACGUAGGGAAGGCUUAUGUACCUAGUAAAAUUCGCGAUAUUGUGACAAAAUCAAUAUCAACCUCCGAGCAAAAAAUGGCCUCGGGAAGCCUUUCUGACGAGAAACGUGGUUUGGAAAACGAAGUUAGUCGAUUAGAAGAUCUACUGUCUUCAACUAGGGCAGAGAGAGAUGAGAUAUCGUCGAAAUAUUUAGCAGUAAGUGAGCGACUUAACGAGCAUGUUAAAGGUGGAGGAAAAAGCAUAAAUGCUGCAGAUGCAGGAAGUGAUAGUCUUGUUCAACAAGUCUCUUACCUACGACACAAGUUGGAUGAUGAACAUGCAAGUUAUAAACGAAAGCUUCAAGCAUAUCAAGAUGGACAACAAAGACAAGCACAGUUGAUACAAAAACUUCAGGCUAAGGUUUUGCAAUACAAAAGAAAAUGUGGAGACCUGGAGACUUCAAUGACUGAAAAAAUUCAGGGAGAAGAGGAUGUCAGAAAAAAGCUACAAGACGCCAAUGACUCAUUGAGAGAAAAAGAAGCGAAAUUGAAAGAAACUGAAGAAGAACAUGGCAAUGAUCUUGAAAACUCGUUGAUUCAGUUAGAACAAGAACAACAGAGGUGUGCAGGUCUUCAACAUGUAAACAACAUGCUUCGUGAACAACUGGACGAUGCGACAGAAGCCAACGAACAGCUGACUUUGGAGGUGCAGAAAAUUACCGGAGAAUAUGAGAAAUUGAAGGAGGAGCUUGAAUCACGUGAUGAAGAGGAGCACGCGUAUUUUGCAAAUGAGCACAAUCGUUUAAUGUCAUUGUGGCAGACACUAACUUCCUUCCGAAGGCAGUUUAACGAAAUGAAAUCCGCCACCCAAAAGGAUUUGUCAGUCAUACGGAGUGAAGUCAACAAAUCUGCGCGCACGGUCCAAGGUGCUUGCAUGGAUCUGGAUAAGAACAUGAGAAGCCUUGAUUCAAAUGUCAAACUGGAACUUGAAGAAGAACGCGAGAAGCGGACCAAGGUCGAAUUUUUGCUGCAACGAAAGAUUCAAGAUUUUACUGAUCUGCAAACACAAUACGCCAAUGAUAUUGACGCUUAUAAUAAAAGGAUUCAAGAACUGGAAAACGAGAAGAACAGCAGAGAUUCGUUGCUAAAAGAAAAAGACACUGAUGUCACGAUCUUGAAGUCACAGAUUCAAUCCCUGGAAACUGGUAUUGCAACGAAGACUGAGGAAUGGGAGGUGCAAACAGAGUUCAGUCAAGCUGCUAUGCGCGAGGAAACAGAACUUCUUUCAAACACGUUGAAAGAAGUGGCAAAGGCAAUCCUUAGAGACACAGAAGAUACCGGAAAGUUUGUUGACGGAAGAAGUAAAGGCGAUAGUCUUGAUGAAUCUUUUACAGCCGAGGCCGUUGAAUUGUUCGAGGAACUACCAACGACAAUUGCUCGAAGAAGUCCUUCGCCAUCCCGAGCGGCACAGAUGCGCUCGUUGUCUCCCGUGCGCGCUCGGUCACCGGCGGUUGCCGAUAACACUUUGGCUAUGGUCCAAUCUGCCAUCCACAAACGCGGUCUACAGGUGCAGAAAAUGAAAGCAGUUGCUGACGCUGCCAAAGACUCCGCUAACGAGAGUAAAAAGCAGCUGGAAUUUAGUGAAGAUGAGCGAAGAAAAUUGGAGAAAAAUCUUAACGCAGUGCGAGAAGAGCUCGAUACAACAAAAUACAAGGUUAACGAACUGCAGACAGAAAAAGAAAGAUUCCGAGGUCACGCUGAGAAUUUGGAAGUGGAUAAAACGAACGUAGAGAAAACUCGUCAAAAAUUACAGGAGGAAUUGGAUGACGUUUGCAACGAGAUUGAUAAACUGAAAGCGGCGAAUGUUGAGCUGCAAAGACAACGAGAUAAUCUCGAAGAUGAAAAGGAAGAUUUGGAGCGAGAGUCAGCAAAACUUCAAAAGGAAUUGCAGCGAUUGCAUGGCUUGAUUGAGCAGAACGAGGAGAAACACUCGACAAUGAAGGAAGAAUUUGUUCACACGAAGGAACAACUUUCUAGAUCUGUACUCGAUAAGGAGGUCAUUGAGCAAGAGAAUAACCACAUCAAAGAACUUUUGUCCGCUGCUGAACUUCAGAGAGCUGAGUUGGAACUGGACUUGAAUAAAAUGAGAUCAGAGGAAAUCGCAUUGCGUGACGCUCUGGUAAAACUGCAAUCUUUGAACGAAGGUUUAGGCCAAGACAAGAUCGAGCUGAACAAAAUCAUCAAACAAAUGGAGUACGAACGUGACUCGUUAUGCGAAGAGAAACGAGAACUUGAACAGGAGAAGAACAGCAUACGAAAUGAACUCAUCAAAGCUGAACAAGAUAAGAUCGAUCUAGAUACGGAACGUUCGGCAACGGAUCAGAAACUAAACAUCACUGAGCUAAGCAAAGAGAAGACCGAGCAGGAACUGAUCGUAGCUUCUCGUGAACGCUCGGAACUCGGUGAGGCACUGAACCAAGCUUUACGCGAGAAAUCGGCAAUUUCCGACGAUUUGAAUCAAACCCGCCGUGAACUUGAGCGGCAGAGUAACAACGUAGUGCGUUUGGCUAAAGAGAAGGAAGAAAUUACUCGUGAACGUUCUAAUCUGACAGUCCAGGUGACCAGUGGCGAACGAGAAAAUCGUGUGUUGGCUGAGAACAUGGCGAGCUUGAAGAGCGACAAGGAAUCUCUCGAGACAGCGCUGUACGAGACGCAGCAGACCUUAGCAAAACUGGAGUCACGUAAGGAAGCACUCGAUGCAGAAAAUCAGGAAAUAACUUUAGCCAAGGAAGCUCUUGCGGUGGACUUGUGUCGCGUGAAGAAGGAACAGGAGAUUGAGCAAGCGCAAACGAGACGUAAACAUGAAAUGGCUGAGCAGAAAUUGGGAAGCACUCUAAACGAGCAUGGCUUACAACUGAAGAAGGAGAGAUUCGAAGAAGAACGAGCCCAAAUGAGACGGGAGAAAGAAAACAUCAUCGCUCAACUACAACAAGAAAAGGAAGCAGCUUUGAAACGGUCCAAUGAGGAGAAAGAAGAAGUUGCUUCGAAACUUGAACGGGAGAGGGCAAAUCUCGUGAACGAAAUUGCUCUGAUUCAAAAAGAGCGCGACGAACAAUUACUCAUGGCUGAAAGUGAGAAACAGGAGGAACUUCAUGUUGCAGCGAACGAGAAGUCAGCGUUAGUUGAGAAACUGAAGAAUCACGAAGAGAACUUGGCGGCCAGUAAUAUUGAGAAUGACAGACUUAAACGAGAGUCUUUCACUCGGGCUGAACAAGAUAAGCACACUAUAGGCACACUCCAACAAGAGGUGAAGAAUCUGAAAAGCAGAUACGAGGAUUCAAAUAAGGUAAACACAACAGAGAAAAACAACUUAAAGACCCAGGUUCAAGACCUGACAAAGUCCAAAGAAAACAACGUUCGCGAGAUUGGUGAACUCAAGCUCCAAUUAAAACUCGUGGAGGAAACACGUGACAACAUUCGUCGGGAGCUCAUCGACUCUCAACGGAAGAUCCGAGAAGGUGACGAAGUUCGUGAAGUUGCACGAAAAGAGCUUAUCGAUUUGAAACGACAGUUAAAAGACAGCGAUCGUGAAAAAGAUGCGGUGCAAACAACAGCUAAUGAACUAAGAGGUAAAGUGAAAAAAUCGGAGGCUGAGAAGACCAAUAUUCGUCGAAAGCUUGAUGAAACCAUUCAAAAGAUGAACACGUUGGACGAGGCGAAGAACGCGCUUCAAAAAGAAGUUGGUGAUUUACGAAGCAGCCUGAGAGAGGUCGAGAAAGCAAGAUUGGAAGCCAGAAGGGAACUACAGCAAGUUCACAACCAGGUGAAAUUAUUGGAUGGUGAAUGUCUCAAAAAUAAGAAAGAACUCGCUGACCUUAAAGAUCAUCUUGCCAAAGAAGAGCAACUCCUUGAGGAAUGUCGUCGUGAUAACAUGACUGUCAAACAACGUCUGGCAGAUACAGAAAACUCAAAGGAAACAGCAACGCGCGAAGUAAUCCUGUUAAAACGCAGACUCUCCGAACUUGACGAGGAGAUGAGAGGCAAAGAAAAGGAGUUUCAGACAAACAUUGAAGCACUUCGUAAAGCCGAACAGAAAGCGGCUGAAAAAGUUCACAACCUCGAGAAUCUUUUGGAGAAUACGAAUCAAGACUUAAGUGAUCAGAAGUUGAAGUACUCAGGUGCGGAGGGACGAAUCGCUGGCCUGGAAGCACAGCUGGCUCGUUCGGAAGGCGCGAAGAAUGACGUUGAAGUGAAAUUGGCAAACCUGCACUCAACAUUGAGGAGGACACUUGGUAUUCGAGCCGGAGGAAAUGGGUCACCAUCACCGGUACGCAGUACCAGUCCCCGUCGCAAAGGAUUCCGACGAAGCCGAGGAGCUGAUCAAAGCACAGAGAAAGAGAUCGACGAAGGAGACUCUUCGCCUCCGACCCGUUCGCUUUCGCCUGUCCGUCGGCUAUCUCCGAGCAAAGCCGGUGAGAUCCUUUCCGAAAUCGACCCGGAAACAGUGCGUGUUGCUUUGCGCGACUUUGCGCAACAGCUGAAAGAUACCGCGCGGGAGAAGGAGGAGGCUGAGGCGAGAGUGGGACAACUACAACGAGCAUUGACUGAUGUUGAAGAAGAUCGGGCUCGUAUUGAAGGAAGAUUACAAGCUCUUCAGAAGUCGCUUGGUGAUUCCGACGAAGGCCGGCGAUCGCUAGACAGUCGUCUCAGCAGCGCCCAGACAGCACUCAGCAUGCAGGAGGAAACAAUCCGUCGCCUGGAGCGUGAUCGCAAGGGACUGCACGAGAAGAUCGAGGCAUUGGAAGAAGGCCUGGGGCAAGCCGAGGAUGAUCGAAGGCAACAGAAAGAAAGAGUGAUGAGAUUGCAACAAAGUGAAGCAAAGAGUGAGCAAGAGAAAGAGGCGAUGAGAGUACAGAUUGAAAAUGCUGAGUCAAGAAUUACGAAAAUUGAGCUUAAAAAGCGAUCUCUUGAAGGCGAUGUAUCCCGACUUCGAAUGCAAGCUGCUGAAAGCGAUGCAGAGAAACAAGCUAUGAGAGAACGUAUCGACGCUUUACUCAGAUCUCAACAAGAUCUCGAAUCCAAAACAACGUCACUUCAACUGACUGUGGAUCGACUCACGCUUGCUCUCGCGAAAACAGAAGAAGAAGAAGCCAGCUUCCGCGAAAAAGUUUCCGAACUUUCCGUAUCCCUAAACGAUAGCAACAUGACGACCCAGGGUCUACAGGACCGCACACAACAGCUACAGCGGGCGUUAACGAACAGCGAACAUGAUCGCAAGAUAAUGCAGGAAAGAAUGGAAGCAUUGAAAGCAGCCCAUCAGGAUGGCAAGAAUAGGAAUCACAUGAUGGCUGAAAGAAUUCAGCAGCUGCAGAAUGAAGAGGCAGAGUCUGAGGUGAAACGGGUGGAAUUGGAAAGUCAGAUUCGUCAGUUCCAACAACUGAUACAACAACAAAAAGAGAGCGAGGAAGAAUUGGUCAAUCGUAUCGGGAAACUGCAAGACGAGAAGCGCAUGCUCCAGGAUCGCGUCGCUGGACUUCAGAAAACCUUGGCGCAGGCCGAGCAGGACAAACGAGAACUUGAACGGGCUCAGAUCAGAGUUGAGAAGGAUAAAAAAGCUCUAAAGAGCACUUUGGAGAAGGUCGAACGUGAGCGUCUUGCGACCGAUGAAAAGCUUUCUCGUUCUGAGAAGGAGCGAAGCGAAGCAGAAAGAUCGUUUGGCUCCGUCGAGAAGGAAAAUCAAGAUAUGCUGACGCAAAUUGACGACUUGCAAAAUCGAUUAGCGGAUACUGAAGAGAAAUCUGAACGAAAAAUUCUCGAGAUCGCCGCAAGCCAUCGGCAAGAGAUCGAGUCUGAAAGUGAACGUUCAAGAGCAUGGCAGGCGCAGAUGGAGAAAACCACACAAGCUCGUGAACGAGCUUACAAACAGAAGACAAAAGGCCUCGAGGAGCAGGUCGCUACAUUGAAGGAUCAACUGGGUCGCGAACUGCAGAAGAAGCAGCAGUACAUCAAACGAACUGCUGCCAAGAACGAGGAAACCAAGGAUCUACGUAGUCAGCUCGGGGAAUCACUGGUACGAGUGUCUCGUGAUACCGCCUAUGAGCCCGCAGUCCUUGAUGAAGAGACUCGGCGAUUGGAUGAAUCGCUCGAGUACAGGGGUGGAUACAGCAGCCGCUCUCCCACUCGACGAACCAAGUCGAGUUCACCAACGGCUGUGAAUGUUAGCAAAUACAGCACAAGCACCCCAAGCGGAGGAGGCCAUCCUGUGUCAGCCGGGGGGAGAAGGGUCGUUGGCAGUACCCCAAGCUCUGUCAGCCCCCUCCGGAAAACAGGCCGUAAACCAACGAGGUAGAUGAUGAGGUGAUGCAUGUAACCGAGAGCCUUUUUAGUUGAAAAAUAGCGUAGAUAGAUACCCUGGUUCUCUUUUUAACAUGCCAUAAAGUAAAAGCCAUCGUUGAACUGAAAUGAACAGUGGAUGUUGAAAAUGACACUAGAUGUUGAUCUAUUUUGGCAUCAAAAUAUUGAACACUUGCUGUGUCUAGUCCCCUGCGCUUCUAUGAACUAAGCUUUUGAUGAAAGAACAGAUUGCAGUCCGUAUUCAUUUCAGUUCAACUGGAGAAGAAGCUGUUUUAGUCGCAUUUGUUGAUAGUUAAGUUAAUACGUAGCAUAGGUAAAUAAACAAUCACGCAUUUGUAUAAUCAGUUUUACUAUGAUUUUAAUCCAACAGUAAUAUAUAGCCUUUUUAUUUUAUUUUAUAUAUGUGAGUAAAUUAUUUGUUUUGACAAAGUGUUAUACAGUAACUUUUUAGCAAGUGCACGAUAGAUCGUGAGUGGAGUCUCUUGAUGUCCAAAAUGAUCUGAUGAAAGAAUUUCUUCAGUUUCAACCAACACGUCAUACAUUCGUGUAUUUAUUAUAAUCAUUUUUAUAGAUUUUUUAAAAUUAUUGUGUUUGCUUGAUUUUGAUAUCGUUGUUAAUUUAUUGAUAGAUCUAUAGAUUGUGAUUUAUCUGAUAAUAAAAAUCCU